UUUUCUAAUAAUCAUGGUUGAUUCGCCGCCCCCCGCCCCCGGCCCGGGGUUCGCUGGCUGCGCCUGCGCAGUGAGGGUUGGAGGCUUCGCGUGGAAUGUUGCUGGGGAGAGAAACUGGAAUCUGGUUCCUGACCCUAACCGUCACCGUGAGCGUGUUGGUGAGGGGUAGGGGAGCGGAUCCGGAUCUGGAAGAUCGUGUAGUGGUGAAGCUGCCUGGUGGCAUGUUUCACAUGGGCAUUGCUGAAGCCGAUGCCAGAGAUGGAGAAGCUCCGAUCCGAAAAGUGACUGUAAAACCAUUUGCAUUAAAUCAGCAUCCAGUGACCAACGCAGAAUUUAGAGAAUUUAUCAGAUCGAAGAAGUACAAAACGGAAGCAGAGUCAUUUGGUUGGAGUUUUGUAUUUGAAGACUUUGUAUCAGAAGAAUUGAAAAGCAAAGUGACACGAAGAAUUGAGUCUGCUCCUUGGUGGCUACCUAUUGAAAAAGCGUUUUGGAGACAGCCAGCAGGCCCUGGCUCUGGAAUUAAAGAGAAACUGCAGUACCCAGUGGUGCAGGUGAGCUGGAUUGAUGCCAAAGCCUUCUGUGAGUGGAAGGGGAUGCGAUUGCCCACUGAGGAAGAGUGGGAGUUUGCUGCUCGAGGGGGUCUGGAAGGUAGAAUAUAUCCUUGGGGAAACAAGUUUCAGCCAAAUCGCACAAACCUCUGGCAGGGAAAAUUUCCAGAUCAGGACACAGCAGAAGAUGGUUAUCAUGGUGUAUCUCCUGUAAAUGCAUUUCCACCGCAGAAUAACUAUGGUCUCUAUGACAUGCUGGGAAAUGUAUGGGAAUGGACAGACUCUGAAUACUCUCCACCAGGCCUCUCUGUAAAGGCUGAUGCUCAGAAAAUGUAUGUCCUGCGUGGAUCCUCCUGGAUUGACAGUGCAGAUGGAUUGUUCAAUCAUAAAGCACGGGUUACCAGCAGGAUGGGAAACACUCCAGACUCGGCUUCUGAUAACCUGGGCUUUCGAUGUGCUGCAAGCAAAGUUCCAUCUCAGCAAAACCAAAAAAAGAAAAUUAAAACUGAACUCUGAAAAAAAACUUAAGGAACGGUAAUAAUUUUGAAGAAUGUGAAGCAAGAUCCAUGGGCCAGAAUAAUUAAGCAUGGUAUACAGCUUGAUUAUAUUUCUGCUAAUGUGACAUUACCCUUUUUAAAUCUUAAAUAAUAGACUAAAAUUGAAGAUUA